UUGAGUUUCAAAUCUAGUCUAAACCCAAAAACAUGGCUUUGACGUAUUCAAGAUCAGUACUUCAACAGUUAUCGUCGUUUUCCCCGGCUUUAUUAAGUCCAUUCCUGUGGCGUCGCUUGACUGAGCACGGUAUCACUCGCAUAAAAUCCACACGUCGGGGCUGCCGUGGCGGUCGCAGAAAGCGAGGUAACAGUGUAUCGUGCCUAGGGACUGCAAGACAAUUCCGUACCAACGUCUCUCCAACUCCAAAGGAAGAUGAUUCGAUGGGUUCUGACCAAAUUGCUGCACUGGACCACGAAUCUAGUAAUUUGCAUAACCGCUCGUCGAGCUUCUUAAAUAUUCAAGCGUAUGGUUGGCCAGAUAAUAUGCCGAGAGAGGAGAAAUCGCGCUUUGCCCUGUUGGUACCACUAAUUAUAUUCCACAAGAAGAAGAAUACCUCUUGACGAUGGCUGACGUAUCAAAAGUUCAACUUCGAGCUAAACUGGUUGUUCUAAGCUGCUGUCACAGUGGACGCGGAGAGACUAAAGUAGAAGGAGUCAUUGGAAUCGCUCGGGCGUUCUUGG